AUGUAAAAAUACGUUGCUAAAUAUGUUGCUUUGAAUUUUAAAAACUUAGUUAUUGGAGGAGAUUUGAAAACCAUCAAUCCCUUAAUGAUAAACGAACAAUAAUUUUUCUAGUACUAUGAUUAGAUUUUCAUGAAGGACACCUAUAUCUAAGAUUGUCUAAAAAAUUAAUUAUUGAGAAUACCUGUUGAUUUUUUCAAAGAAAGCAGAUACGAUGAUUUUGCAGAAGAUCAUUCUGAUUUCUUUGAAUAAGAAAAUUAGAAAUAAAAAUGA